UGGCGCCCUUCAGGCAAGAAGUCCGGAUAGCAGCAGCAUAAAUUUUCAUGUACGGAAGCCAUUUUCGCUACUUCUGGCCUGUGAUGAAUGCAACUCUUCAAUGGUGUCCUUUACGUUACCUGACGCUGUUCUCUCAGCCGAAAAAAUGGGUGCUUCCGCAGCCACUCCACAUUUUGUACCUGAGCAAGUUUUCACUAUCGUGCGGUUUGUUGGAGACAACCAGGUUGAGGCAGUCCCAACAUGUUGGCUGAAAAAUGGAAUGUGCUUUUGGCCAACUGGCUACUCUCCUUCUCGCCUCAAAAAAGCCAUUAUGCGCUGCGAAACGCCGGAUCGAACAUUUGAAAGACACAAGAUCAGGGUCAUUGGAACAGCAAGCACAUAUAAACGUGCCAGAGAAAAAGCUAUCGUCGGUGAGGACACUGAAAACAUUGCUUUUACUGAUGGGGAGAGAGGCCGAGGCAAACGAAGAUAUGCGCACAAAUACAUGGAAGUUUCAUGUUCCUGUAUGAGGUCACCUAGUUGCAACUCUGACGAUGAGGACAAUAAGCCACCAGAAACGGCUCCUAUUGGGACGUUCUGCGUGGAUAGCCCUGAAGAUUACAGCUCUGCACCACAGGCCAAACGUGUGACUGGGAGUAUGCAGAUUCCUGCUUCCCAAGAAACAACAAGGCCCACUGGGGAUAGCUACAUGUCUUCGGCUGACUGGUGCUCAGCAAUUGGAUCAUAUAAUAUGAGCCAUCAUUCUUCAGAAUUGCUGAGGCCAGCAUAUUACUACCAGAACCGCCACAUGCCUUCAAGAGUGCCUCAAAGACCGAUGUCUGUGCCAGAGCAGAGAUCACAGAGAUAUUCAAGCAACUCUGCUUCACAAGCUAAGAGCUGCCAGUGCGAAUCUGGAAAAAUUUGAAGUAAUGUGUAGGCCUGGCCACUUAUCUAGCAGGCCUACCUAGAGGGAACACUUCAAGGUCUGUGCAAGUGAGUGAAGAGCAAUUGCAUAUAUAUGCCAGCGGUGGUAUGUGGGCCAGUCUUUCUGGUGAAGCCAAGGCUUGUGCAUUCAAAAAAUUUCAACCAGCGGUGUAGUGCAGCAAUGUGUCUACUUCGACAAAAUGGAGAACCAGUGCAGAUAUCUGGCACUCCUGUCCAGGGCAGCAAGUGUGUCUACAUUGAAACCACUACCAGCGUGUACGGCUGUUCUAUUUCCAGCGGGACUGUAGAAUAUUCAGUAGUGUGCUCUCAAGCUCUUCAUCGGUGAAGCUCUGCCUGUACUGUAUGCCAAAUACUUUUGGACGUGAAAGUGGGGUGAACUGGUAAAUAUCGGUGGAGCUGUGCCUGGACUCUGUGGCAAAUAUUUUUGGAUGGGAAAGUGUGGGUGAACUGGCAAAGAUUUUGCUCUGGGAUACAUGUGUUAUACUUUUUUAGCAUUCAUACCGCUUCUUUUACUUUAGCAGACUGGAGAUGUGUGCAAUGUGUGACACGUCAGUGUACUAAUGUAUUCGUUGCAACUUUGUUUUUGCCAGAGUGGUACAUAUUUGCCUCUUGUACAGGGCUUUUUAGAUAAACCAAUUAGUGUUGAUUAUGAGCAUUGCUUCUGUUCUUACACAAAUGCAGCUUCCAGUGCAUUCCAGGUUAUUUCCAUGUUUAUGUAAGUUUCUAAUAUGAGGCUUGCACAUUCAUUUCUCAUGUUCUGGAGUGGCAAGAUUAUUUAUGCUGCAUUACUCAGUCUCAUCGUUCACUGUACUGCAGUAGUGAACUACUCCCCCGCUUAAGUAUUAUAUACUAAUUUCACUUUAGUGCUUUUUUGUUGCAUGGUUCU